CUAUAUACACGCAAAAUGAAGAUUCUGCUGGUUCUUAAUAUUAUCACUUUCAGUAUAGCAAAGUUACCGCUAAGGCCAUUAAAGAUAGGGUGUUUACUUCAAAAAUCUGAUAGUCUUUAUAAAUAUGAGUUUUUACGAGCCAGCAUUGCUCUGGCUAAAAAUAACUUAAAUCAUAUUGUUGAGGAAUUUGGGUACAAUAUAGAAUACGUUGUUGAAGACAGUGGAUGUAAUGAAAUAAUGGCGUCCGGAGCUGCAGGACAUUUAAUAUACGUAAAGAAGGUUCACGUAUUAAUAGGACCGUCAUGCAGUGUAGGCUGUGUUCCUAUUGGUUAUUUAGUCGCAUCUAAUAAUAGACCAAUUAUAUCAUAUAGUUGCUCAAGUGCAAUAUUAUCAAUCAAAUCAAACUACCCUACCUUUGCCCGUACUCGGCCAUUUGCAAGAGUACUGAAUGGGGUACUGGCUUGGUAUUUAAGAGAAACCAUGCAAGAAUUUAAGUGGAAGCACUUAGGUAUAGUCUAUUCGUCGUCGGAUGUUUGGUCGAGUACGUUUGAGAAAAUUGUUAACGUAAUAAGGCGUCUUAACUCUACACAAAUUGACCCCACAUACUCACUUGAAUCGAUGAGCGAUAGACGUGAAAGUAUGAAAGAGUUGAAGAAGAAAUCAAGAGUUAUCCUUUUCGUCUGUUAUCAAAUCGAUGUUGCUGAAAUGUUGUCAUACGCGCACGAGUUGGGAAUGUAUAAUGGAGAAUAUGCAUUUAUCACAAUCGACUUCCAUAUUAAAGAUAAAUGGAAGUUAGAGCCAUGGUUCAAAACAGACGAAAUAUUCCCGGGAAUACUCAAUGUGGGUGUGAUGAACGGAAGGGGGGCACUUGGACCUGGUAAAUUUGCAGAAUACUGGAGAAACUUGAGUAUCAUAGCUAAGGAAGAGUAUAGCUAUGACAUGGCUAAUGAAACGUAUUACGAAGGAGCUGGUUAUAUUUAUGAUGCAGUUAAAGGUUAUUUACUGGCAUUACACAAAACCCUAACCAUCACGUAUGAAAGAGAAGUUUCAAAUUAUAUCAAAAACAACAAAAUUGACAAAUUCUUAGAAUUGAACAAUUUGACUAUAGAUCAGUUGAGAUAUAUAAAUAAAAACUUGACUUUUAAUGAAAAACUUGAUUGGUUGUUUCCAAGCGACUGGGAACUGUCGACUCUCACCUUUCCCUUUGUACCGUAUGGUGACAUUAAGAGAAAUUUAAGCACCGAAGAUAUCCUUAAUGAUGGAAUAUCAAUCAUGAAGAAUGUGUUUAACUCCAACUUUCAAGGAAUGUCUGGUGAUGUUCAUAUUAAUGCUAAUGGUGAUAGAUACCCUAUCCUUAUCCUUGAUAAUUUGCAAAGAAAAUCUCAAGACUUUGAAUUUGUAAGAAUAGUGGAGUAUGAUGGUUAUCAUAAGAAGACUCGCAUUAUGGGUUUGAAUUCAAUUGUAUGGCCUGGUGGUGGCAGUGUGGUACCAAGAUCGGUACCAGAUUGUGGAUUUAGGGGAGAACUUUGUAUACCUGAUCCACAAGAGACGGAUGUCACAUUAAUAAUAGCUGCAGUUGCUUCUCCGUUUGCUGUUGUCCUUCUGUUAUUCUUUAUUUACAGGGCGUAUAGGAACAACCGUUACGAAAACGACCUUAUGAAUCAAGACAUUAUUUUCAAAUUCGAUGAACUCGAAAUUCCAGAAUUAAAAUUGUUAAGGAUGAAAAAAGCGAAACAAGAAAAAAUGGCAAAACGGGACGAAGGGAAGGAAACUCCUUCAGUGGCCGGAUCAGACAUCUCAAGGACGAGUGAGAAAAAUGCGAUGCUGCUUUCACCAAAUCACCUCCCUGUGCUGGCAAAAAAGAAAAAAAGAGCGAGCACAUCCAUGCCAAAUCUACUUGAAAAUGUUGGAAAAAUUAAUCAUGUGACGGGAUCACGUGUUUUCUUCGGCAUGCUAAAGGAUGAAGCAGUUUUCGUCAAACAAAUUCCAAAGACUAUUGUUAUCGUUAACCGUGAGAUCCUUAUUGAAUUGAAACAGAUUCGUGAUCUUCGUCAUCCGAACUUAAAUCCAUACAGCGGUGUGUGUCCUGGUUCACCAUAUGUGUUGCUAGCGUCGCCCGUCUGUAAAAAAGGUUCCUUAAUUGAUAUCCUGCUAAAUGAAGAUAUUCAACUUAACUGGAUAUUUCGGCAUGCAUUUAUGUUGGACAUCGCGAAUGGUUUAGCAGCGAUUCACGACAGUCCUAUAAAAGUUCAUGGACAUCUGACGUCAAAGAAUGUGUUGAUUGAUAACAGAUGGAACUGCACCAUAUCAGACUAUGGGUUAUUUAAGUUUAAAGAACAACAUAAUUACAAAGUAUUAGAUAUAGAUGACGAAGAGAAAUACGAAGCUUUGCUUUGGACAGCACCAGAAAAUAUCAACUAUCAGAAACCUAAAAUGUCAAAGGAGGGCGAUGUGUACAGUUUUGGAAUCAUCAUGUCGGAAAUUAUCAACCGAUUGCCUCCUUUCUCCACGUACGCACAGUACAAAACAAGGGAUUACGUACAUUUUGUAAACAGAAGAUGCAUUCCACCAUUCCGACCGCAUGUGAGAUUGCAAUCAGGUUUAGACGGUCGUACAAUAGAUUUGAUGAGAUUGUGUUGGGAUGAAUUUCCUGGCAAUCGUCCAAGUAUACAUGAUGUGAAAUCAACACUAAAAAGCAUAUGUAAAGACAAGUCGGCAGGUUUGAGUUUGAUGGACAACAUGAUUGACAUGAUGGAAAAAUAUGCGCAGGGAUUAGAAAAUAGUCUGCGCGAAGUUCAACGGGAGAAAGAAAUGGAGAAAGAAAAAGUGGAAAAAUUAAUGUACAGUUCAUUGCCACCUGUUGUUGCAUCAGAACUUCGUAAAGGAGAAACAACUGUUGCUCAGAAAUUUAAAACAGCAUCAGUAAUGUUGCUAAAAGUGGAUGAUUUUUCAAGUUUUGUUGAAACUUUAAAUCCUCAACAGGUUGUUGAUCUUCUUAAUGAUGUCCACAGGUGCAUCAAUGAGCAAUUGACAGAUGACAGAAUACAUCAGCUUCCUGGACUUCGAGACCGCCACGCGUUUGUUUGUGGCAUACCUGAGCCUGUUAGCAAAAAACAUGCUUAUUAUAUCGCCAAGAUUGCUUUGAAAAUAAUGGGAAGUCUAACUAACUUUCGAUUCCGUCAUAUUAAUGACGAACUCAUGAGGUUCAAAAUAGUCCUUCACACAGGAACAUUUGUUGCAGGUCUGGUGGGAAUGAAUGUUCCUGUUUAUACAUUAUUUGGACGUGCUAUUGAAUACGCAGAGUUCGUACUUGAAGCAGCACCUUUCCUUCGAAUUGUUGUGACCAAUGAAUGCAAAGAGUUUUUAGACUUACUGAAAGUUGCAAUCUUUGAGGGACCUGUUCCAAUGAUGGUUAAAAAUGUGGGUGUUUUGGAAGUAAAUUACUUGACUGGCAUGAAAGGCGUAACCGCCCAACUACGUAAUCCCAAUAUUAAAAGAAAAGACAAUUAUCUUGGGUAUCAGAAGUCCUCUGAAGCCUAAUUUUUUCCUUAUUGUCUACGUAAACCCAAUAUCAAAAGAAAAGACAAUUAUCUUGGGUACCAGAAAUCUUCUGAAGCCUAAUUUUUCCCUGUUUGUAGUAUAGAAAGAAAAUGGUUUGUAUAUAAAGAAUGCAUUUAUUUAUGAAUUACAAUAACUUUAACAUGUAAUUUUAUUUGAAAGAAUUAUAAGAAAGAAAUAGACAAAAGUCUUUCUGGUGCAA